UGAUUCAGCGCGAUGCGAGUUUUAGUUCUUAGACUCACUUUGAGAAUUUGAUUAAUAUUGUGGGGUUUUUUUACUCAGAAAAUGCGUAUGCCGGUUCACAAGGAAACUUUGUCAAAAUAUUCGGGUAGAUUACGACUUGUGGUACGACUUGAAAUGUCUUGAUACAGUUGUGCUUUUCUUGAUGAGAGUCUCGCGAUUUCUUCAGCCACUCAUUUUCUGAUUAAUUCUUACAAGUGGGUCAUUUCUGCGAACAGCUGAUCUCAUUUUGAUUCCAGUCCUAUUAUUAGCAGGCUUCAGAAAAUAUUCUCGGACACCGGAUCUGCCUCCCCGUACCAUGCAAAUUCUAUGGCUGGAAGACCUGAGUGCAGAAAGGGAAGAGUUGUGUGCUUUUUAGCCUCCUUCUCAGAAUGCGGUGGAAACUCCGCCCCUGUCUCCGUGGAAACCCGGCUUCUGCGGUGGCUGUCACCAAGGGCGGAGCUGGGGUCGCUGCCCCUCCCCCUGUCUGCAACAGCUCUCGGGCUGGGAGCGAUCACUGUCACCCCUUAACCUCUCUGUUCCUCUUCUCGGCGGCCCUCCCUUUCCCUUGUCCUUUCGUGCCUCAAAUCACAUCCUGGAGCCCGCACUCCCGCACGGGCCUCCGCUGGGACGGUGCACCCAGAGUCCUGGCCUGCGAGCUGCCCUGCGUGGCCUCCUCCUACAGCCCCUCUCCGGGCCCACCCCUCGGCUGCGCUGAUUGGCUGCUCCUGCCCCGCCCUGAACAGGCUGGGUCCUUUACCCCGCGGAAAGUUUUCUGUGCCGCGAGAAAGCUGGACGUUCGGAGACUCCGAGAAAGCAGCUCCGGAGGCUGCAGAGGUCUGGGUGGCCAUGGAGGAGCCCCCUUUGCGAGAGGAGGAAGAGGAGGAGGGGGACGAGGCUGGGCCCGAGGGGGCCCUGGGCAAGAGCCCCUUCCAGCUGACUGCCGAGGACGUAUAUGACAUCUCCUACGUGAUGGGCCGCGAGCUGAUGGCCCUGGGCAGCGACCCCCGGGUGACACAGCUGCAGUUCAAGAUCGUCCGCGUCCUGGAGAUGCUGGAGACGCUGGUGAAUGAGGGCAGCCUGACGGUGGAGGAGCUAAGAAUGGAGCGGGACAACCUCCGGAAGGAGGUGGAGGGGCUGCGGAGAGAGGGCUCGGCGGCCGGCAGGGAGGUGAACCUGGGACCAGACAAAAUGGUGGUUGACCUGACAGAUCCCAACCGACCACGCUUUACGCUACAGGAGCUGAGAGACGUGCUGCAGGAGCGCAACAAACUCAAGUCGCAGCUGCUGGUGGUGCAGGAAGAGCUGCAGUGCUAUAAGAGUGGCCUGAUCCCAGCAAGAGAAGGCCCAGGAGGAAGAAGAGAAAAAGGUGCUCUGGUUACCAGGGCCAGCAAUGCCAGCAGUAACAAGGAGGAGAAGACAAUCAUAAGGAAGCUGUUCUCUUUCCGGUCAGGGAAGCAGACAUAGAUCUGAGGCCAUGGCUCAGUUCUCAGAAGACGACUUCAAAAAUCAUCUCAGUGCCAGCGCGUACCCACUGCACUUGCUCCUUUGUUUCCCCUCAAAGCCGUCUGAGGAGGAACGGGUGCCUCACCGGCUGCAGAACUGAACAACCCUGACGGCUGGGCCAGGGCGAGUGAAGCGGCACAAAGAAAUCGAGAAAGCAGAAGGAAAGCGAAACGGGGCCACCUGCAGCCCCACUUCAACCCCCCAAGAGGCCCCCAGCGUGCGGAUGUGCUUUCUGCUUCUCAGGGCUCACAAACGACCCAGGUCUUUACUGCGUAGCUGCGAAAUACACCAGCCCAAAUUGGGGUGGGGAGAAGAGGAUGCAGGAAAAUCUGGUAUGGACUUGGCAGCGAUGACUUCACUGAUAUUUAGUGACUAUUUGAUUUUGCUAACGUGACUUUCUUUACAUGAUUUUUUUAUUAAAGUAAAAUGACUUUUACACUUUCUGUGUUUUAGAGUGGCCUCUUAGAGUUACGUGACCUUGUGUAAGUUACUUCAGCUUUUUGGAGUCUUGGUUUCCAAAUCUGUGAACUGUAUACAGUUGACCCUUGAAUAACGCAGUUUGAACUGUGAAGGUCCACUCACACACAGAUCUUUUUUCAAUAGUAAACAC